CCACACCCUAGGGCUCGCCUCGCUCCGGGAGGCCUGACUCAGAUUUCCGUCCCGUUCUUCUGUUCGCCAAUUGAACGGAAUUGUCGACCAAGGACAGCCUCUGCUGCAGCUCAGUCGAGCAACUCUCUUCCAUUGGCUUUGGUUAGUACGAACUGGAUUUGUAGCGACAUGGCAUCUAUGCUACUCGUCGGCUUUUUGCUACUCCUCUCAAACAACAUUGGCAAUGUCCGUGCGAUCCUCUCCUUUGAACAAUUGAGCCCGAUACUCCUUUUGGUUACCACAAAAGCUAUCGAAGUAUCAAUGGUAGAAACCUACUUAAGCUGGCCUGGUCCUCUCGAACCGACAGAACUGAAGAAUUUGGCGGAAACCGAGGAAAAGGACGGUUUGUUCCCGAUCCAUCGUGCCGCUGCCGAGGGAAGAUUAGAUGUUGUCGAGUACCUUCUUCACCUCGGGGUUAAUAUAAACAUGAAGGAUAACCGAGAUGGAUGGAGCGCUCUCCAGUGGGCAUCCUCCAAUGACACCCUUGACGUAGUAAAGCUACUGCUGGACAAAGGAGCUGAUAUCGAACUGAAGGACAAGAAAGAAAGGACUGCCCUCCACCAAUCAGCCAUUAACGGCACAUUCGAAGUCAUCAAGUUCUUGUUGAUAAAGGGAGCUGAGAUGGAGGCAAGAGAUAUCCAUGGGGAGACGCCUUUAUCUUUGUCCGCGGCAGAGGGCCACUACAAUAUAGUCAAGCUACUAUUAGACAGGGGCGCAAUCGUCGACACUAAGAGUUUCUCAAACAACACUCCUUUACACUGGGCAAGUGCCAACGGCCAGAAGGAAGUAGCUCAUCUACUGAUCGAACGGGGAGCCAGCUUGAACGUGAGGAACAACGACAACUUUCAACCUAUCCAUCUAGCUGUGGUUCAUGGCCAUUUGGACACAGUUAAGAUGCUACUGGACAACGGCGCCAAUAUGGAAACAAAAACGCCAAACGACGCUAAGCUAAUUCACUGGGCUGCGAGUUACGGUCAGGUGGUGAUAGUAAAAUACUUCUUAGAUCGUGGAGAGCCGAUCGACGUGAAGGGUGCCGACGGAUUCACCCCGUUAUUCUCCGCGACUGCACGAGGAAGGCUGGACGUGAUGAAGCUGCUCUUGGAGAGAGGGGCUAAUAAGGAGGCUAUGAACGAUGAUCGUCAGAGACCCCUGCACUGGGCCGCUAGGUUCAACCAACCGCUGGCUGAGGCGCUGCUAUUGGACAGUGGGUCCAUCAUUGAGCCUAAGGACAUCAAGGGGCAGACCCCUCUGUACCUGGCGGCGGAUGAGGCGAGCCUGGAGGCCAUGCGUGUCUUGCUGGAGCGAGGGGUCAGUAAGGAGACGGCCAACAACGAGGGGUGGACCCCUCUUCACCAGGCGGCCAGCAACAACAAGGUGGAGGUGAUGAAGCUGCUCAUCGAAGGAGGCGCCAACGUCGAGGCCAGGGACAACGAGGGGCAGACUCCACUCCACCUGGCCGCCGCCAAAGGGAACAAGGAGGCCGUCGAACUGCUGCUGGAGAAGGGGGCGGAUCCAGCCGCUAAAGACAAGGGAGGGAAUACGCCUGUCCAGUUGGAGACCCAGCCUGAAGAAGUAAAACAGACAUGAACGAGUAAUACAGAAAAUAUAAUGUAAUACUCGGAUAUCUUUAAUCAAAUGACUAUACAUCUCCAUCUAUGGCUGGAUUAUUCUAACUUGUUAUACAAUAACAUCACAUAACGACUUGAAUUUUUUUAUUCAGUUGUAAAAUUUAUUGUUCAUUGUUUUUCUAUGAUAUCAUUUGAAUUUUAAAUCUAGUCCUCUUUAGAAUUACUUUUUUAUUAAAUUUAUUUUUUAAUUAAUUAAAUAAUAUAAGUUCUUUUAUGUAUAUUAUGUGCUGUGAGCAAGGUGAUUAGCAUUGUAAGAAGCUAAAUUUGUGAGCGAUUGGUGUUAAUUUUUGUAUUUAUUUUAUUUCUUGAAGGAUCUUUUUUAAUAGAAAUAUUUAAUUUGUUAUAUAAAUAUUUUACUUUUAUUAUACCGGCUUCGUUGUAUGAUGCACAUGUUUUUUAUAUUUAUUUAUAUUAUUUAUGUAUAUGGUCUCAGUGUAUUAAAAUGAGAUAUUGCAUUGUAUUUUUUAUCAUUUAUUUUCAUGAACAAAUUCAAGUAGAAUAAAUUUAUAUUAGGUAUGUGUUUUAAAAUUGCUUCAGCCUUCCAGUAUGUUUUGGGUUGUUACCGAAUAUUCUUCAACACUCGGAAGUUUUAAAUUAUUAAAGAUUUGAUAUUUUAUCCAUUAUAAUUUGUAUUUACAAGUGUUAAUUUAUAAAAAAAAUUGAGUUUCCGACAUCAGAUAGUUAAAAAUAGAAAAAACAAACUUACUAAUUAAUAAAGAUGUAACAAAGAA